UGAUUGGCCGCUGGUGGCUGUCGAUCACAUAGUUUCCUGUGUUUACACCUCUCUGAGGUAAAAAGUUGACAGUCGGAUAAUGUGAUUAAAAUCGUAAGUUUUUUGGCUUCACCAUGUCGGCGCCCGCACACCAGAACCGGAGGCGUCGCCCCCCUAAUAAGAUCUACAUGGUUUCGUCCGACCAUAAAGUGCAGGAUCACCUGGAAGGAACCAUCCGGCUGCAGAGGGGGAGUCUGUGUCAGGAGCAGGAGACGGGAGGAGACAGGGGGAGUAGAGGAGGACACCUGUGGGUAAAGGUGAUGGAUAGUGGCAGUGUGGUGAAGCUGGACAGGCAGGUGUUAAUCGAGGUACCGGGGGAGCUGGCGGGUUUGUUGGAGCCCGUCACCGACCUCGAGCUGCGCUACAAGCUGCUCUCCAGAUCCACACGGCCGAUGCGACUGGCCGGUCUGGCCCUCGGCACACCGGUGCUGGUGCGCUGGGAUCAGACGGGAGAACCGGCCGAGGCCGAGCUGCGUUACCGCGGCCCUCUGACCAGAGGAAGCACGGCGGUGUACUUCGGGGUCCAGCUGAAGGGGUGGGCGGCCGGGCGGGGCAGCAGUAACGGGAGCUAUAAAGGCCAUCAGCUGUUCACGUGCCCCGAGAACUGUGCCCUGUUCGUGCCAGUCAGCGAGCUCUCGCAGCGUUCACGGGGCGGCACGGGCGACCACGAUCCCCCUCGGAGCGAACCCGCCGAACCCGGCCACGCCCCGAGCACCGCCCAGAGCUCGGGAAACCACCACCCCGGUACCGCCGUCAGCAUCCUGGCACGCGCCGCAGAGUCCGCGCCGGGGCCGCCGCAGGUGGGGCAGAGGGUCUGCUUCACCCAGGACCGGGGGACGUACUGGGGCACGGUGCAGUACUGCGCCCCGCUCCCCGGGCGGAACCCGUCGGAGGUGUCCGUGGCGCUCUUACUGGACGAGCCAGUAGGAAGCUGGAACGGUUACUAUAAAAACUACAAGCUGUGCUCCAUUCCUUCUCCUGAAUACGGUCACCUGCUGCCCCUCUCUAAAGUGUCAGCAGAAAGCAGAUCAGAGCUCCCUCCCCUUCCUCUUUCUAAAAUUCCCCAGCCUGUUUCACCCACUCAGCCCCCCACCAGGCACCCGCCACAGACCUCAGCGGGCACCCACCCUACCCCGACACCGCUGAUCGAUUCUGCCAUGCUGAGCGUGGCUAAAUCCGCCCUGAAGGCCCCGUCAUCGUCGUCGUCUCCACCGGCUCCGGGUGUAAAAGUCGCCCUGAAGCCUCCGUCCGUUCCGGUUCCGGUUCCGGUCCCGGUGCUUAAAUCUGCCCUCAAAGCCCCGCCCGUCCCGCCCAGCAAACCCAAACCCCCGGCCCUGUUACCCCCCGCCGAUCAGCCUCACACCGCCAACGGGUUCCACGACCCGCCCUCUCCGGCCGCCCCGGGGAGAUCCCAGCCCGGAGCCUGGUUAGAGCCGGGCUCCAUGGUGGAGGUGAACGACCCGCCCAUGUUCGGGGUGAUUCGCUGGAUCGGGCAGAUCAGCGGCCUGUCGGAGGCGGUGGCUGGAAUCGAACUGGAGCAGGAGCUGACGGCUGGCAGCGACGGCAGCUACCUGGGAGACCGGCACUUCCGCUGCCCACCUAACAAGGGCCUGUUUGUCAAAUUGCGCAACUGCAGGUGGGACUCCAGAUUCCCUGCACCUGAGAUGCCCAUCAAUCAGGUGGAGCGCUGCAAUUCUAUCGCGUUUGCAGAGUGGGGCAGUAAGCGUGUGGAGGAGAACACCCCGCCCGUGUUGGGACCGGAGGCUCGCCAGCGGUACGAGGGGUUUAAAAAAGGGAUCCAGGGUCACCUGAACUCCUGCUACCUGGAUGCUUCGCUCUUCAGCUUGUUCUCCUGCUGCAGUUCCGUGGACAGGGUUCUGUUCUCACCCUGUAACGAGGACGACCAUCGCAGUAAGAAAGCUCAGGAGCUGCUGCGCUGCGACAUCGUGAAUCCAUUACGCAGGUUUGGAUAUGUGUGUGCCAGUAAGACCAUGGCCCUGAGGAAACUCCUGGAAGAAGAGACUACAGACGCCGGAUUCACCAACCAGGAGAAAGAUCCUGAGGAAUUCCUCAACAAGCUUUUCCAGCUCCUCCGGAUUGAACCCCUUCUGAGGAUCAGGUCAGUAAGCCAGGAGGAGGCUCAGGAGUGCCACCUCUAUCAGCUCUUCCCUCCAUCAGCGCCUCCCCCUCCGUCCUCCCCGCUCCACUCCUCUGUGUCUCCUUCUGCCUCUCCUCCCCGCUCCCCCAUCCCUCUCUCCUCACCGGCCCUCACCAGGGUCUCCAGCGUGCAGGUCCUGCUCGAAUCCUCCUUCAUGCAUUCCGGACUCAAAUUCUCUGAGGCACCGUCGUGUCUCCUGCUCCUGAUGCCACGAUUUGGUAAAGAGUUUAAGAUGUUCGAUGCCAUCCUGCCGUCGCUCACACUCGACGUCACCGACCUGCUGGAUGAAACUCUGAGACAAUGCAGUAUCUGCCAGUCGGUGGCGGAGUGGGAGUGUGUGCAGUGUUACGAUGAUGUGGAUAUCACACCCGGCCAGUUAAAACAGUACUGCAACACCUGCAAUGCACAGGUUCACGCCCAUAAGAAGCGUCAGACACACAGACCGGUGAGGGUGAGGAUGCCGAAGGGUUCGUGGGAGGGUCCGGUGCACGGCGCCCGUCAGAUCCUGACCCUGUUCGCCGUGACGUGUAUUGAAACCAGCCACUACGUCAGCUUCGUCAAGCACGGCCCGCUUCCUACCGACUGGCUCUUCUUCGACAGCAUGGCUGACAGAGAGGGAGGGGAGAACGGCUUCAACGUUCCCCAGGUGAGGGCGUGUCCGGAGGUGGGGCGCUACCUGAGCCUGUCGGAGGCGGAGCUGAGACGCCUAGACUCCGCCUCUCUGAGGGAGCCGGUCCGGAGAUUACUGUGUGAUUCUUACAUGUGUCUCUAUCACUGUCCUGAGCUCAGCCUGUACAAGUGACACACACACACACACACACACACACACACACACACACCUGACUUCCAUCAUUCCAGCCACACCCUUCAUCAUCACAUUUAUACAGAUCAAAAGUUUACAUACACCUGCGUGUUAUAUUCAUUCCACUUUCCUACGUUCCCUCUGGGUUCCAUGUUUAAAUUCUACCUGUACAGGGUCCGGAGUCACACCUGUACCUGAGCUUCCUGUCAGAAUGCUCCUGCACCACCUACACUGCUGUAUAGAAUCACACUUUAUAUAGAAAUAAAUCUACACUUUUACAUUU